AUGGGAGCUCCGCCAGGAGUUGGUGCAAUGGUCGUUGCUGCUCUUCAGCCAGGACAGGCUCAAGUAAAACUAAUGGAGGGUGGAGAAGCGGAUGACAGUUCUCUUAGCGAUGAUUUUCAAAUUGUUCACGACGAGUUCAAACAACCGGAUGUCAUGGAGAAAGCUUGCAAGAAACAACGCUGA